AUUAAUAUUGUUUUAAAUUGUCGCAAUGGGAGAUAAUAACGAAAGUUACAAUGAGGACGAAUUGGAGGCGCCAGCAUGGCUAAAUUCGGAGUUUUUUGCAGAUGUGCUUAGUAAACAUGAAAAUACAUCGGAGUUGAAUGUGAAUCAUGUGAAAAUUUCCCCGGCGAGUGCUAAAGGCGAUCACUAUGCGAGUGUAAUGUUUCGGGGUGCCGUAACAUAUACCUGUCGCAAUCAGACGUUUACCAAAUCGCUGAUUGUGAAGACGAUGCCCGAGCAGGAGGGUCACAAAAAGGAUAUGUUGGGCGAGUCGCGUAUUUUUGAAACGGAAAUCGGCAUGUAUUCGGAAAUGCUCCCCAAAUUUGAGAAAAUAUUGCGAGCAGCCGGCGAUAACACUGUCCUGCACGUGCCUUGCUUAUUUUACAGUCUCAAGCCGCGAAAAGUGAUGGUAUUUGAAGAUUUGGUGCCGCAGGGCUACUAUGUAUUACGAGAUCGAUCUAUGAAUAUUGAGGAAUUAAAAUGUGCGCUCUCAAAACUGGCCAAAUGGCAUGCCGUCAGCUUCAAGUUGUUAAAGGAAGAUGAAGUUCAGUUUGCUAGCUUUAAAGACGGCCUGAUGGAAAUACCCAAUUUUACGGAGGACCCCUAUAUAAAAAAUGGAAUAGAUCUUUUUAUAAGACUUCUGGACAAAGUUCCUGAAUUGAAACAAUUCAAGCCAUAUUUUGAAAAAAUGCGCAGCUCCCAUUUGAAAGAAUUAGAAAAUGUGCUCUCCGAAUAUCGUUUGGAUCGGAAACCGAAUACGUAUUACGUACUCAGUCAUGGGGACUUUCAUUUACGGAACAUGAUGUUGAAAAAUAAUGAAACAACCGGUGCCUUCGAGGACUGCAUGUUGUUGGACUUUCAAAUAUCUAAUGUUUGUCCAUUCACUGUCGAUGUAAUUUAUUCAUUUUAUAUGCUAAUGGAUGAAAAACAACGACAGAACCAUAAGGAUGAGUUAUUAUACUUCUACUUCACCACUUUCACUUCCACAUUGCAAAAAAUUGGCUGUAAAGGCGAACUGCCCCACAUUGUUGAGUUCCGACGACAACUAUUUAAUCAUAGACAUUAUGAAAUCUUUUUGGUCACCACAUUUUUGCCAAUGAUAUUUGCAAUGCGGGGAAAUUUCUGUGAUCUUGGGGAAGUCAUUCAAAAGGAAGAUGCACGCUGGAGGUGUUACAAUCAGCCUGAAUACAUUGAAGAUAUCAAGAGAAUCUUGUCCGAAUUUUUGCAUCAAGGCUACUUUGAAGACAGUAUGCAAUAAAAAGAAACACCUUCAAUAA